UGGAUGAGCGAAUAUGAAAAGCACACCUUCCCAGGCACAUCUAUGCCAACAAUUGCAGCUUGUAUUAAAGAAAAGAAGAGUUUCUGUGCAACUCGAUGCCUUGAAUAGAUUGGCAGACUUUUAUGUGAAAAAUGUAGAGAAUGAAUCACUUUCUGCGUUUGCAAGCAAGAUAUCUGAAUUUCUUUCUCGUUGUGGUUCCAGAAACACUAUUGUUUCCUUACAAGUUGCAGAGAGAAUAAUAGAAGAUAUUUUAAAAGUUUUAAACAGAAAGCAAUCUCACCCUACACGUAUAAUAGAUAGUUUUCGAGAAGUACCUAUUCUCUCACUUGGUAGUGAAUCAAGUACAAUAUACCUCAAAGAAUCUACGGGUCUGAAAGUAUUGGAUACACCUGAGAAUAUGCUGGAACAAUAUAAGAUAAGAUACAGACUCCUUUUAUCAAGAGCUUUGGAAAGUAAAAAAGCGACCUCUUUGGGUCAAGGUGAACGUUUGGCCAUAUUCCAUAAGGAACUUUCAUCAUCUUUGACUCCCAUUCAGAACUUAAGCAGCACAGAUCGUCUCACAGCAAACUUGUUUGGUAUACUUGGAAAGUUUGAAGGCAACAAAUAUUUCAUCGAAGAUGAAACGGGAUAUAUACAAUUGGAUUUGAGUGAAGCUUGUUCAAGUGACAGAAUAUAUACUCAAGGUUGUAUUGUACUUGUACGGGGAGAAUGGAAUGGUCAAUUGUUCCGAGUAACUAAUAUAGAAAUGCCUCCGUUAGAUGCCUCGUUGUCGAAUAUAAUGGAACCCAAGGCAUUGUGCCAAGUGAUUGAUUCUGAAGUGGACGUCCAUGAGAAACAACAGAAUCAUAUCAUGGUAAUCAUAUCAGAGAUUUGGCUCGAUCAUGAUUCGGUUUUUAACAAAUUAGAAAAGUUAUUCAGUUCACUACAAGCGGAUGAUGUGUGUCCUGAUACAGUUGUACUCAUGGGAAACUUUUUGUCACCGUCACUGAAUCCUGACGAGGACCACUUGUUACAUUUCAACAAUGGAUUUCAACAGUUGGCAUCCUUGCUACAUGAAUAUAUUCCUAACGAGCAAUGUCAAGUGGUCAUUAUUCCUGGUCCCAAUGACCCAGGCAUUAAGAAUAUUCUUCCAAGACCUCCCAUUUUGGAGUCUCUUUUGAAUCCUUUGCGACAUCUUUACAAAUGCUCAACGGCUGCUUCCAAUCCAGUCAGAAUAGUUUGUCAAAACUCCAAUAUUAUAUUUUAUCGAGACAAUAUUGAGAAGAAACUUGUUCCACAUAGUAUCUUUCUUCUACCAAACAACUUGAACAGACUACGUGAAAUGAUAGUUCAAACCUUAUUGGAUCAAGGACAUCUUUGUCCACUUCCUAUGGAUAUGCAACCUGUCUUUUGGAAUCAUGAACAAAGUCUCUGGUUAUUUCCUCCUCCUCAAUUUCUCGUUUUGGGGUGUGGUUUGGAAUCUUUUCAAUAUACAUACGGACAAACCAAAUGCUUUGGAACGGCAUAUCCAAAUUUGUCAAAUAUAGACUUGAAAAAGCUUUACAAAAAGAAAAUUGAAAUAACCGUACAAAAAACCCUUUAGUAACUCAUCCAUCCAAGAAAUCCUCAGAUAUACAUUCAAACAUGUGAAAAAAUAUAAAAUGCAAAAGUUAUCGACAAAUGAUAUAACCACACAGCAAAAGACACCACUACAGGAAAUCCAAUCUUAUUCAG